AUGCAACUCAAGCAAUCAAUUUGCGAAAUGACGGAACAUUUCAUCACCAUACGAAGAAGACGAUAUGGCAAUUUAAGAAUGAAAUUAAUGACGAAAGCUACGAGCUUUAUUACUACAGCAAAAAAAAAUAUCAUCUUUACACAUCAAUACAAUGAGUCUUUUAUGUUGCUUCGGAUGGGUUCUCAUGGAUGA